AAGUGUUUAUAAUCGAGGCUCGUGAAUCAACCUUUACCUUUGAGGACAAGGGUAGUCUUGAAGGGAAUGGAAAUGAUGAAGACCAAGCUUCUCAUAUAUUUCAAGGAGAAUAAUCCAGUAUGCGAAGACUACUUAGUUAAGGACUCUAUAUGGUAGUUACUAUUUUAAUUAGUGUUUGCUUUCUAUUAGCUUAGCUUGGUAGCCAAUGAAUAGUUUUCUAUUUGGUUUUGACUUAAUAUUUUAAGUAGGAUUUGUUUUGUCUUUUUAUGGCUAUAUAGGCCGAGAGAACAUUAGAUUGUUAUUCAUUCAAUUAAACAAAAAAACCGAGAAUUUAUCCAUAAAAACUCCGUAUUCUUUACUUUGGUUUAGACCAAGUUCUAUCAAGACAUGACGACUCACCUCGACACCUAGAUUGGAAUGGGGUGCUGGGAAACAUUUUGCUGGGACACUUAUCAUUUUCCCUACUAUAAUGUGUUGAGGGCAAAGUAGGUGAUGGGCUUGGAGAAGAUGAUUCAGUUACAAUGUGAGGCUUUGGUAGUCAAGUUCAAAGUGAGUCCUUUGAUUUGUGGGGUUGCUAGCACUAUUUGGUUGUGGUUCAUAGCUAAUACAGAGGUUUUCAAUGAUGGGUCGGCUGAUACGAUCAUUCAGGACUCUGAGUCUCAAAAAUCAGGUGAACCUGAAAAGCCUCCUUCCAAUUUCAAGCACAGAGCAGAACAUCAUAAUAUAUAUGGACAGCAAGCAGUAAUAGUUUCGUUUAAGAAUCUGAGGAGAAGGAAGCCACUGUCAUGUUCUUUAGCUAUAUAUUUUCUGGCUUGUCGAAACUUCCUUUUUUGGCUACUUAUAUGGACAUUGAAAAACAAAAAAGAAUUUGCUCUGUCUUCAUGGACCUGUCUGAUAAGUUCGCGUGUUAUGUUCAUGCCUCCUCAAUCCGUCUCUGCACAGAAGUUGGAAUCUUUUGCUGCAUCCAUUGCUCAAGCCAUAGGCUUGCACUUACCUUCAGUUAACUUCCUCGGAAUAGCUUCGUGAUAUAUGCAGCAAUUAUCUCUUCCUUUGGAGAAGAUUGAUUCUUCCUCAUGCAUGCCACAUAUAUGAGUGGUCAAAUCGCCAAGUUAUGGUUAUCAGCAAGUAAGUCGAGGCAGGAACUCUCAUAUGUGUAUUGUCGAUACUUAUUGUUGCAAUACAAAAUCUUUAUAAUAUACAUUGUUUUGGAGGAUGGGAAGGGAGUUUGUCUGGUCUCCAAAAAAGGGACAACACUAAAAAGGUUGAAGAUGGGUUGCAUAUUAAAAUCUGUGAAAGAGUUAGACUGGAUGCUUCAGAGUUCCUGUGCAAACUUGAAGCAAGAUAUGGAUAUGGUGAGGUUUUUUUGGAUUUUGCUUUUAGUUGAGGUUAACAGUGACAUUUUGAAUCCUGAAUGAUUGUAUUUUAUAGUAUUGUCUCUCCAUUUUUACUGAAAAAUCUACCCUGUGUUGGCAGAUUUUUCAAAGGACUCAAAUAUUUCUCCAAUUCUGUGAGAACAAUGUAUUUCUUGGAUGCAACCUCUCAUUUGACAAUCACCAAGUGCAGAAGUUAAUAAAACAGUUUUCUGAUUUCUAUCAGAAUAUGAAGGUACUUAAACUGCAUGAAUAAUGAAUGAUGUUGUUAUCAUUCAUAGCAGCUGUUUGUGCCGCAUCAAACCUAGUUCUGUUGAAGCCUCCAAUUUGUAUUGACUUGAUGCUUUUAGGCUUCUACUGCUUCGUAAA